AUGAUCUCUCGGACCGCCCUCGUCUCUGCGCUCCUCUACGCAGCCACCGCCGCUGCCGUCUGCACAAAACUCGAGGACUGCCCACAGUUUGAGCGCCUCAACACCACCGAAUGUCAGACAUAUCACCACUUUCUCGCGCGCGGCUCGACAUCUCCCUAUCCAGGCCAUGUCAUUGAGACUGUCGGUAAGGUCUGCGACCAGCUCAACACGGCCGAGAACCCCAACGCAUGUGGGUAUGAGGAUGUGCAGUAUUGGGCCAUGAAUGGUGGAGAGAGAUGGUGCAUCUCUUCGCACGAGGGUGCGCUGAAUGGCGCGGCCCAGAUGCGCAAUUACACGGAGAGGUGUCCUGACAGCCAUCUGAUUGUCAUGGGCUUCAGCCAGGGCGGAAGCGUCAUGCUGGACGUGUUGGGUGGAGGCGGUGGUCCACUCUGGGGAUGCACACAGAAAGACAAUCCUGCCAUGAACAUUGCCUCUGCGCCAGGCUCAAAGAUCAUAGCAGCAGUCGCAUUUGGCCCCACGCGUCGCUCCGCAGGCAUGCCCUGGACCCACGGCGGCGGCGAAAUCUCGGACGGAGGCGCCCCCCGAACAGACGAGCAAAACAAAGGUCUCCAACCCUACUACAACGCCGGCAUCCUGCGCGAGUACUGCCAGCCAGGCGAUCCCAUCUGCGCCCCCCACACCAAAGACAAGGACAUGUCCAAGCACCUCAACUACUUUGACAAAUGGGGCGACGAGGCCGCAGCCUGGGUCGUCGAUCUCGCCCGCAAGGCAUCGUCGAAGGCUGGCAAUGGCACUGGCGCCGGCAGCCAGACCAUGUCCGAUGGUAAAAUUGGCGGCGGCGACGGAGGCCAGACGUCAGAUGCUAAUGGCACCAAGGACAUGCUGAAGAAGACGAUUAGCCAUCCAGUCAGCAACGUCUUUGUUGCCUUGAUUGUGCUGGGCUUGCUAUAG